AUGAAACGGGGCAAAUCUAGUCUAGUAACAUACUCAAGCUCCGACGAUGAACCUCCUCCCGUCCCAAAGAAAAGGAAGCUCCCUGGCCUAGCCUCGUCUUUAGUACCUAGCGUACCUGUAGACAAUCCAGCAUUGCACCAAGGGCGUAUCAGGACGCAGCCACACGUUGACGGGCAGUUUGCUGCCUUUGUCUACGUUUCGGUUGGUUUGGACAAAGAGUCGCCUUUGAGGAAGUUAUUAUCAGACGCGUUUCGAACUGCAAAGGCCACGGUAGAGUGCCUACAAGAACUAAAAGGCGUACCUUUGAAGGAAGACGACAAGUCCAGCGACGGAGCAGAACCUGCUUUGCAUAUUUCUUUGUCGCGGCCAGUUUACCUACGCGCGUACCAACGCGACGAAUUCAAAAGUGCUGUUAAGCAGCUGGCCAGCCAGUAUUCACCGUUUGAUGCAUCGUUCGCAACAUUUUCCGAAUUGUCGAACGACGAAAAGACGAGAACAUUCCUCGCCGUGGAAAUAGGUGGGGGUCAUAAUGAAUUGAAAGGGCUCAGCGAAGGCUUGACCCCGAUUCUUAAACCGCUACGGCAGAAAGCGUAUUACUCAGAACCGCGGUUCCAUGCUUCCUUUGCCUGGGCGCUACUCCAGCCAACGCAGCAGGACGGAUCUCCAAGUAAUGCUGUCGAUACCGCCCUUCCCAGCGCUGAAUUCCGCGCCAUAUCUCAGUUCCCAACGGACUUGGUUCCAGAACUCAACCGAACAUACAAAUCCAGACUCUCCUCCGCUAGCGUCAGUACUUUCACCGUGGAGAAUAUCCACGUCAAAAUUGGUAAAGAAGAAAGUAAAUGGCGGCUCCGCCAAAUAUAA